GGCAGAUAUUUGUAUAUUGCUCGAAGUGAGAUACAGUUUUACUAAAGAUGCGUUUAACCUGUUUAGUAUUGGUAGCACUGGUGUGUGUGAUUGUUGUCGAAUCAGGUAAACAACCACACAUUGUGUUAAUACUAGCAGAGGAUCUAGGGUGGAAUGACGUAGGAUGGCACAAUGCGGAUAUCAAGAUGCCUAUCCUCAAUCAACUCGCCGCUGAUGGCGUCAUAUUCAACCAAUCAUACGUCCAGCCUGCGUGUACACCAUCAAGAGCUGCUCUACUUACGGGUUAUUAUCCGUUCAAAAUUCAAAGACAGCAUCAAAUGCUGCUCAACCUUGAAGCUGACGGGCUUUCAUUAGAUCUUAAGACGUUGCCAGAAAUGUUGAAAGAUGUGGGGUAUCUAACUCACCUAGUGGGAAAGUGGCAUUUAGGAUUCUGUAAGGAAGAGUAUCUUCCAAAUAAACGUGGUUUUGACUCUUUUUAUGGUUGGCUGACAUUGGGAACUACCCUAUAUUCUAAAGAGAAUAUAAUUGCUCCGGGGUAUGAUUUCCGCGACAACACCGGAGUGGUACAAGAAAGUGACACUUAUCUUCCAUUCAUGCUAGCUGAAAGAGCAGUAGAUAUAGUAAUGGGACAUUACAAGGAAUAUCCACUGUUUCUGGAAUUCAGUAUGGCCUUAUCUGGAAAGUUUCUUGAGGUACCCCAGGAAUAUGAAGAUUUGUAUUCCGAUAUCGAAGAUGAUCGACAAAGGAAAUUUUAUGGAAAGUUGUCUGUAAUGGACAAUUCAAUUGGCCUUUUGGUGGAUGCGUUGAAGACACGUGGAAUGUGGGAAGAUACGCUAUUUAUAUUCACAUCUGACAAUGGAGCGUUAGCAUCUGAGUCUGGAUCAAAUUGGCCAUUACGGGGAAAUAUUGCAACACUGUUUGAAGGCGCUACUCGUGUACCAACAUUUUUCCAUGGGAGUAUGUUGAAGAAUACCGGAUACGUAAAUAACGAGUUGAUGCACAUUGUCGAUUUACAUAAAACAAUAAUUGAAUUGGCUGGGGCUAAAACUGAGUGUGAUAUUGACGGUAUGGAUUUGUGGAAGACAAUCUCAAAAGGUAAACCAUCGCCAAGAACAGAAUUUGUAUAUAAUAUCGAUGAUAAUGAGCUGUCCCCCGGUGCUGCCAUCAGGGUCGGGGAUUAUAAAUUGAUUACAGGACAUCCAGAUUUAUUGUAUCCAUUUCGAAUGUUGAACAGAUCAGAUGAUUGGUACAACUAUGGAGACGAACCUAUAAGCGGGAUUCCCAUUCCUCCAACUGGAAAUGAACCACCCCCAUCAAACGUGACAUACUUGUUCAAUAUCAUAGAUGAUCCCGAGGAAAGAAACAAUCUCGCGGAAGAAUAUCCAAACAAAGUAGAAGAAUUACGUCAUCGCUUGGAUGAAUACCGUGAACAUCUAGUUCCACCAGUAAACCGAGUUUUUGACCCAGCUGGUGACCCCGUGAAUUUUGGUGGUGUGUGGUCUCCUGGCUGGUGUUAG